AUGUUCAAAUAUCACUCCACCCACGGUGUUUGGAAGCACAGGAAAGUGAGGCAAGAGAAUGACAAGCUGAUCAUUGGCAACAUCCACAUCCCAGUUUUCCAUGAGAGGGACCCUUCCCAGAUCAAGUGGGGCGAGGCUGGAGCUGACUAUGUUGUGGAAUCUACCGGUGUGUUCACCACCAUCGACAAGGCCUCUGCUCACCUGCAGGGAGGUGCCAAAAGAGUCAUCAUCUCCGCCCCAGGCGCCGAUGCCCCCAUGUUCGUGAUGGGUGUCAACCACCAUCAUUACGAUAACUGCCUGAAGGUUGUCAGCAAUGCCUCCUGCACAACUAACUGCCUGGCUCCCAUCGCCAAGGUUAUCAACGACAACUUUGGCAUUGUUGAGGGUCUCAUGAGCACAGUUCACUCCGUCACAGCCACUCAGAAGACUGUUGACGGGCCCUCCGGUAAGCUGUGGAGAGAUGGACGUGGUGCCAGCCAGAACAUUAUCCCUGCCUCCACCGGCGCUGCUAAGGCGGUGAGCAAGGUUAUUCCUUUGACCCACGGCAAGUUGACCGGCAUGGCCUUCCGUGUCCCCACCCCCAACGUGUCCGUGGUUGACCUGACUGUCCGUCUUGAGAAGGCCGCCCCUUAUGAAGAGAUCAAGAGAGUCAUCAAGGAGGCCUCCAAAGGACCCAUGAAAGGAAUUCUGGGAUACACAGAGGACCAGCCUGUUGACUUCAACGGUGACAAACGUUCCUCAAUCUCCGACGCCGGCGCAGGCAUUGCACUCAAUGACCACUUUGUCAAGCUGGUCUCAUGGUACGACAAUGAGUAUGGCAAUAGCAACCGUGUUAUUGACCUUUACCUUUACUCCUUUACUCCUUGAGUGCCAUGUGCAUAGGUCAAGGUGUAAAGUCUCCACAGCACACCACCAACAUCCCAUGACAUCUUCCUUCUCCUGAACGGACAUCCCACCAGUCCACCGCCAGAGAAAGAACCGGUAGCAAAGUACAUGGCAACAGAUUUAAAAUAAGUGACAUUUCUGUUCAGAGGAUGGAGUCUUGU